UCAUAAAUUGAGCUCUGGUUUUGUUUCCCUUUUGCUACUACACGCUUUUCAAAUUACAUUUGAAUACAUACGAACACAUAAAAAAGCCCAAUCAGGCAGGACCAGCAUUAGAACAAAUUCUUUAUCCACACAUAAAAUUGCAAUGCCGAGACCACUUGUCCCACGCAUACACGCCUUUGAGAUCGACGAUCAGCCCUGGUUCCCUUCUUUCCUCCGGCAGCGUGUCCAGACCGUUCUUCGGCUCACGUGGGAGGCAAACAUCCCAAUUUUGCAAUCGAGCUCGCCCGCUGAGCGCGUGGCCCGCCUCUUAGGAGAGCACCUGGAUCCAAUUGACGACUAUGGCUUCAUUGACUUCUGUGCCGGAGCUGGCGGUCCAACCCCCGCCAUUGAGAAGUACGUAAACGCCAACAGGGAUCCCAGCGAGCCCGGAAUCCCCUUCAUCAUGACGGAUAUCUACCCGCACGUCGGGAGCUGGGAGCGGGAUGCUGCGCGCUCGCCAAAUAUCAGCUUCGUCACCAAGCCCGUCGACGCCACGGCUGCACCCGACUUCCUUCUGGACCGGUUCCGCGGCAGCAAGGAGAGCUCUUCGAGCACGGGCGGCGACGGCAUUGUGAGUUACGCCGAGAUGGCUUCUAUGAAGAAGUCGGACCAUGUUAUUAAGCCCCGCAAGAUCUUCCGCCUCUUCAACCUUGCGUUUCACCAUUUCGACGACCCGCUGGCCAAGUCCAUCCUUGCCGACACGGUCAAGACAUCGGACGCCUUUGGCAUCUUUGAACUGCAGCAUCGCACAUUUUCGAGCUUCAUGAUGCUCAACAUUCUGUAUCUGUCCAUCUUCAUCGUUGCGCCAUUUUACGCCCUCAUGAACCUCGACCUGGUCGCCUUCGUUUUUACCUGGUUCUUGCCCAUCAUCCCGGUCGUCGUCACCUUCGACGGCUAUAUGUCGAGUCUUCGCACUCGCACGCCGGACGAGGUCGAGGCACUGUUGAGGUCCUGCGGAGCCGGAAACGCCGAGGACUGGGAGGUCAAGGGCGGCACCGAGCGGCACUUUUGGCCGUUUGGGUACCUGGAGUGGAUCAUCUGCACCAAGAAGUCCUCGGCCAGUUAG